AAGAAAAUAGAAGAGAGGGCAGAAUGCAGUGGUUCGACUGUGCGACCACAUGGACCAAAGCCUCCAGAUCCACAAAGCUCAAAGCGUUUAGACCUUUUAGGGUUUUGGACCUGCAAAUUUCUUUCUCUGCCUCUCUCUAUCUCUCGUUGCGCUAAAAUGGUAUGAAGAAUUUCACGAGAGCUUCUAAUGGAGGGGGAUUUGUUUCUCUGGCUUCUAGCUUUCUUCCUCCUCAUCGCUCUUCUAGGACUUAUGGUUUAUCAGCUUAUGUGCUUGGUGGACUUAGAAUUUGACUACAUCAAUCCUUACGAUUCAGCAUCACAAAUAAACAGAGUCAUUCUUCCAGAAUUUAUAAUUCAGGGAAUCUUAAGUUUAUCCUUCCUUCUCAGUGGCCAUUGGGUUAUGUUUUUGAUAUGCUCACCAUACCUAUACUACAGUGUGAGAUUGUAUAUGUUGAAGCAGCACUUGAUAGACGUGACUGAGAUUUUUAAUCUUCUCAAGCGGGAAAAGAAGCGGCGGCUGUUCAAGCUUUUGUAUUUAUUUAUUGUCCUUGUUUCUACGAUAUUCGGGUAUUACAUUUGGACCCUUUGAAGAGAUGACACUUCCAUGCACAUUCCACACAUGCGCACAUAGUCCCCCUCUCAUAUCAUUGAGACCUAGAAGUGGUUAGUUUUAAAUGCAUGUGCAUGCACAGACACCAUAUUCACUAUUGAACCCAUAGAGCUAACUAUAUGUACUUUUACAGAGAGAGUCAGCAUUGACUAAAUUUUCAGACACACACACACACAAAGCAGUCAGAUACACAUGCAGGCACCCAAACGCACAAAGGUUCAACCACUGAGUUGAGAGAGAGAGAGAGCGCAACUAAAUAUACUUGCACAGACAUACCAGGCCCAAUCACUGAGUUAUGAUUCCUUGUUCUUUGGAUUGAGAUUGGUGGUUGUUGGAGUUGAUUAGUACUUG